CGACUCUCAAACCAAAGCCUAGACUUUAUAAAAUUGGGUUUGGAUUUGGAUUUGAAUGGAGUGAUUACAUCAACGGUCAAACCCAUUAAAAAAAUAACAUUUAUGAAGAAACAUGAAUCAGAAUAGGACCUUUUUGUUCCAUUUUAUUUUAAAGGGGUUUACUAAAAAAAGUCAAUUUUGUUGGAUCAAACAUGGACUUAAAAAGGCUGUGUUUUUUUUUUUUUUUUUUUUUGGAGUCUUGUUUGGGCAACUGCCUGGUGUAGAUAGAAAUGUGGUUAUCUCAAUUUUGAACUAUCACCUGUUAAUCGUUCUGGGCAUCGAUAGCAUAUGUUGAGGAUUUGACGUAAAUCCGCGUGUUUUCCAAUAUAAAAAUCUCUCUCUGUUGUCCAAUCUCUCUGCAUUUCGCGAUCCUCCAGUGAGCUUCGUUUUCGGUUCUCCGCCGUUGGCUAUGUCGGAGAAACCAAAGACGCGUUCAACGGAAAUCGCUGGUUUCUCCUGUCAUAGCCAAGGCUACGAAUCUGCAUCUGCCUCCUCUGAAUUCUUAACAAUGGCGGAUGAUUCUGAGACCAUAGUGUAUCUUCACGGUGAUUUAGAUUUGAACAUUAUUGAAGCUCGAUACUUGCCGAAUAUGGAUUUGAUGUCUGAGCGUAUUCGGCGGUGCUUCACGGCGUUCGACUCGUGCCGGGCUCCGUUCUCCGGUGGAAGGAAGAAAGGGCGCCACCACAAGAUCAUUACCAGCGAUCCUUAUGUCACCGUCUGCCUGGCCGGAGCGACGGUGGCGCGGACUCGCGUCAUCUCCAAUUCUCAGCACCCUGUGUGGAACGAACACCUUAAAAUCCCUCUGGCUCACCCGGUCUCCUGCGUCGAGUUCCAGGUGAAAGACAACGAUGUAUUCGGCGCUGACAUGAUUGGAACCGCUACCGUGUCUGCGGAAAGAAUCAGAACCGGUGAUUCGAUCUCCGAUUGGUUUCCGAUACUCGGAUUCAACGGCAAAUCGCCGAAGCCUGAUUCUGCUAUUUAUUUAAAAAUGAGAUUUAUUUCUUCCGAGAUCAAUCCUCUGUAUACUCGCGGUAUCUCCGAUCCAGACCAUUUUGGCGUUAAACAGAGUUAUUUCCCGGUGCGGCUAGGCGGCUCUGUGACUCUUUACCAGGACGCGCAUGUUCCCAACGGUAUGCUUCCUGAGCUUGAGUUGGAUGAUGGAGUGGUGUAUCAACACGGGAAAUGCUGGGAAGACAUUUGCCACUCAAUCCUGGAGGCUCAUCAUUUGGUCUAUAUUGUGGGUUGGUCAGUGUACCAUAAGGUGAAGCUGGUUCGAGAACCGACUAGGCCUUUACCUAGUGGUGGCAAUUUGAAUCUUGGUGAGUUGCUCAAGUAUAAAUCUCAAGAAGGGGUGAGAGUUUUGUUGUUGGUUUGGGAUGAUAAGACUUCCCACAGCAGAUUCUUGGUUAAUACGGUAGGAGUGAUGCAAACUCAUGACGAGGAAACUCGGAAGUUUUUCAAGCACUCUUCUGUUCUUUGUGUGCUGUCACCUCGUUAUGCCAGCAGUAAGCUUAGCAUUUUCAAGCAACAGGUCGUUGGCACGCUCUUUACACACCAUCAAAAAUGUGUGAUUGUGGAUACACAAGCAUCUGGAAAUAACCGGAAGAUAACCGCCUUUCUAGGAGGUUUAGACCUUUGUGAUGGCCGCUAUGAUACACCCGAACAUCGUUUGUGUCAUGAUCUUGACACUGUAUUUCAGAAUGAUUAUCACAAUCCAACAUUUUCUGCAGUAAGUAAGGGUCCAAGGCAACCAUGGCACGAUUUGCAUUGCAAAAUUGAGGGGCCUGCUGCAUAUGACGUGCUUACAAACUUUGAGCAGCGUUGGCGAAAAGCCACAAAAUGGUCAGAGUUUGGGCGACGUUUCAAAAGGAUAACUCAUUGGCAUGAAGAUGCCUUAAUCAAGUUAGAGCGCAUCUCAUGGAUACUUAGCCCUUCCUCAUCUGUUCCAUAUGAUGAUCCUAGCUUAUGGGUUUCUGAAGAAAAUGAUCCUGAAAAUUGGCAUGUUCAGGUCUUUAGAUCUAUAGAUUCAGGAUCUUUGAGAGGAUUUCCCAAAGAUGUUCCUUCAGCUGAGGCUCAGAACCUAGUCUGUGCAAAAAACUUGGUGAUAGACAAGAGCAUUCAAACAGCAUACAUCCAGGCAAUCAGAUCUGCCCAACACUUCAUCUAUAUUGAGAAUCAGUAUUUUAUUGGAUCUUCUUAUGCGUGGCCAUCUUAUAAAAGCGCAGGAGCUGAUAAUCUGAUUCCGAUGGAGUUGGCACUAAAGAUUGCUAGUAAGAUAAGAGCAAAGGAGAGAUUUUCAGUUUAUGUUGUCAUACCAAUGUGGCCUGAGGGCAACCCCUCCUGUGCCUCUGUGCAAGAAAUUUUGUUUUGGCAGGGGCAAACGAUGGAAAUGAUGUAUGAUAUUAUAGCACAAGAGCUGAAAUCCAUGCAACUUGAGGAUGCACACCCACAAGACUACCUCAAUUUCUACUGUCUUGGUAAUCGGGAAGAACCACCCAAAGAAGUGUCAAGUUCAAACACACAAGCCUCUGACGGGGUUUCCACUUCAAAGAAGUUUCAUCGAUUUAUGAUUUAUGUACAUGCCAAGGGAAUGAUAGUAGAUGAUGAGUAUGUGAUAUUGGGGUCUGCCAAUAUUAACCAAAGAUCUAUGGCUGGUUCAAGAGACACUGAGAUAGCUAUGGGCGCAUAUCAGCCCCGCCACACUUGGGCCAAGAAGAAGAAACAUCCACAUGGCCAGAUAUACGGGUACAGAAUGUCCUUGUGGGCAGAGCACCUAGGGAUGAUAAAUAAUAGUUUCAAGGAGCCUCAAACCUUGCAUUGUGUGAAGAAUGUGAACAAGAUGGCUGAAGAGAACUGGAAGAGGUUCACAAGUGAUGCUUACACCCCAUUGCAAGGCCACCUUCUUAAAUAUCCCAUCCAGGUAGAUGUUGACGGGAAGGUAAGACCCUUGCCCGGACAUGAGACUUUUCCUGACUUUGGCGGUAAGGUGCUUGGUACUCGAUGUAAUCUUCCAGAUGCUCUAACUACAUAGUCCAUGACCUCUCCGUUCAUCUCUGUAUUUUGAUGUGUUCUGUUUGAAACGCUCUAACUACAUAGUACAUAACCUCUCCGUUCAUCUCUUUAUUUUGAUGACCGCAUAGACUCCUACUAAUUGCCAUAUUUGUAUCUCCAUGUAAUCUCUUUGGAACUAAAAGAGGGAGAGAACUUAUACCACCCUUCCAGUGCUCUAACCUCCAAGCCUCCCCAUCUGUCUUCAUAAAAUUGGCUCUUAUUAGAAUCAAUUCAUCCACAGCUUACAGGGUUGCUUUGGACAUUGUCAUUCCUUGUAAUUUUCUUACUAACAGAAUGUUGAAUUCAUUGAAUUUCUCUUGUAAUUCUUUUAUUGGAAGUUGUUAUUGUGGGUUGCGGGGA